AUUAGCCAGGAAGGAUCCGCUCUUUAAGAGGAGAGUCCCUCUAGCCUGUGAGAUCAAUCUCUGCGUGGAGUUGGCCUGCUCCCAUGUUCUCUGCCAUAAACUCUGGGUGUUCCGUUCGAUUCUUUGUCGCAAUCACCAAGAACCUGGUUACCUGUGCUAACCUGUGACACACCCACUAGCCAGCUUCUAUUCAUCCUUUAAGGUUUGGCUUAAAUCUUUUCUCUCGAUCUCCUGAGGGCAGUGCUUUUGGUCUUGUGCCCACAUGAUUUGUGCCCAUUGUAGCAAACCCAGCUUUGCUUGUUAAUUGUUGAUAUGCCUGUCUCCCCGACAGACUAUUUCUUUGUAUCCUGCUGGCUCCUAAUAUAGAGCCUUACCCAUAGGGUUCAACAUGUGGCUAUAGCCAGGUAGAAACAGUUUUCAUAACAUAUCACGUGUAGACUUCAACAGCAUCUGACAGGGGCUUUUGUCCCUAUUGCUGCCACUACUGCCACACAUCUAGAUAUGAUCAAUCUCAUAAAAUUGAGAAAGAGUAUCAGAAGAAGAAUCAGAAAGCCUGGAUUUCAGUGUCGGAUCUGCUACAGAUCUGCAGGGUGGCCUUGGAUAGGCCCUUUUCUUUGAGCAGAAGGGUUUGGCCUGAAUGGAGAUUGCAGACUGGCAAGAUAGAUAUUGCCUGCAAACAUUUUGUUGAGCUCAGGAAGUGAUUUGAAUUUUUUGUAAUCCUCAUCGAGGAUAUGUUUAUUGAUUUUUAGAGAGAGGGGAAGAGGGUGGUAGAGAGAGAGAAACAGAUAUGUUGCCUCCCAACCGGAGAUCAAACCCACAACCUAGGAUGACAACAGCAACAAGACAAGAAGUUCUUGCCCUCUACCGCCGAAUUUUCAGACUUGUGAGGAAAUGGCAGGCAGCAUCAGGGCAGAUGGAAGACACUAUUAAAGAAAAACAAUACAUAUUAAAUGAAGCCAGGAUGCUGUUCCAGAAAAACAAAAACCUUACAGACACAGACCUGAUUAAGCAGUGUAUAGAUGAAUGCACAGCCAGGAUUGAAAUUGGACUACAUUACCAGAUUCCUUAUCCAAGGCCAAUUCAUCUGCCUCCAAUGGGGCUUACCCCACUACGAGGCCGGGGGCUUCAAAGCCAAGAAAAACUGAGGAAACUUUCCAAACCAGUAUAUCUCAAGUCUCAUGAUGAGGUUUCUUAAUCCAGAAGAAAGUUUAUUUCUCAGAAUAAUGAGCCAACUAGGUCUUGAAUGUAAACCAGACGACAAAACCCUUCUCCUUGAUUGGGGCAAAAAUUCAAAUUAUCUUCUUAAAAACCUCCAAAAUAUUGGUACUUACCACAUGAUGUUUAGUAGCAUCAUGCCUGAGUGGACAACACUAAUCCUUGAAGUCAUGGACCUUACAUCCUCCUUGAAAGCAUCAUUUGGAAGCCUGUGGGAGGAAGACUGAAGAAUGACAGGGCUUCUCAUGGAAAUGCCAUCGCCAGACAUGUCAACUGAUGGAAAGAAGUUACCUACUUGCAGGGAGUUCUGAUGACUGCCAUAAAACAAUAUACCUCCCUCACAAUAUUUGUAGGCUUUUUUUAAGUUAUAGAUUUGUUUAAAAGUGGGCUUUUUGUGUGUGUUUUGUUAUCUUUUGCACCUUCUAAUUUCCAGAUAAAUGUCACCUUAAAAAGUGCAUCAUUGGAUGCCCUGACUGGUAUGGCUCAGUUGAUUGGGCGUUGUCCUGCAAAUUAAAAGGUUGCUGGUUAGAUUCCCAAAGUCAGGACAUGUGUCUGGGUUGUGGGGUUUGGUCCCCGGAAGGGGCAACCAACGGAUAUUUCUAUCUUACGUCGAUGUUUCUCUCCUUCCCUGCCCCACUCUCUAAAAAUAAGUAAAAUCUUUUUUUGUUUGUUUUACAAAGUGCAUCAUUGGAUUGAGCAUGGUUUUUCAUGGAAAUUUUGUGAGACCCAUCCCUAUCUCCUUCAUAC